ACCAACACCACGCCGCACGAUUUCUUCCCAAAAAAAAUGGUGUCGUCCAAAAGUGCCGUAUAAAAUGUUUUAAGUUUACCCCACAAGCCCGGCCAUAAACACAGAACUAAAUGUCGUAUUGCCGUAGUAUUAGUGGUUUGGCUGUUUAUGUGUGUGUGCGUGUCUCCGCGAAAUCGAGAAUAGAAAGAUGUGUGUGCUCCUCCGGUAGUGGUAGUGCCGAGCUAUAAGCGUGAAAUUAACACACCACAAGAAAAUACGCGAAUCAAAAUUCAAUAAUCAAAACUAAGCCGCCACCAGCAAACCUCCUGCUUCUGCCCUCACCCCCCCAUCCCCCAGAGACAAAUAAAACAGCCAACACAAUGCAACCCUCACCGCUGCAUUACUCGACGAUGCGGCCGCAGGCUCCCGGAUCGCUGGUCGAUCCCUAUGAGGAAGAGCUUCGGAUGGCGCCCUGGUAUUGGGGUCCAAUUACCCGCGAUGAGGCAAAGAAUAUACUGCACGGUAUGCCCGAUGGCAGCUUUCUGGUGCGCGAUGCGCUCUCCAAGAAGGGGGAAUACACACUGACACUGAUGAUGGACGGGAACGAGAAGCUGAUCAAGAUCUGCAACAUCAAUGGCAUGUACGGGUUCAUUGAGAAGAAACUGUUCAAUUCGGUGGUGGAAAUGGUAAACUUUUACAAGGCCAACUCCCUGAAAAUGUACAACAAGACGCUGGACAUAAUGCUAAGCCAUCCGAUUGUGCGAGCCUACGAGGAGGAUGACGCCCAUCCGCAUGGAGAUUUGGCGCUGCUGAGCAACGAGUUUAUACGCACCUCGCAGAUGCUGCAGAAGGUUGAACAGGGCCUCGACCAGAAGAAGAACUCCUUCAAUGCCAUUCGCGAGGAGCUGCAGGAGAAGAAGCUGCAUCAGGGCGUGUUUGGGAAUGCCGAGAAGAUAUUUCGCGAUCAAAUCAAACUCAACGAAUCGGUGAUGAAGACACCCGCCGGCGAGAGCAGUGCAACGGAAAUCGGAGGAGCUUCCACACUCGGCUCGGCCGCUGGUACGGCUGGCCCCUCCGCUUCGGCCUGCAGCAACAAUGCCAAUACCCGACAGAACCUCCAGGAGAACCAGGCCCACCUCCUGGCCCUGCUCGAAGUCAUACAGGAGAAGAUUCAGCAGUUGAACCACUACAUGGAAAGCAAGAAGAAGGAGGAGCUGCUGCUCGAGCGUCAGAUCAAUGCCACGAAACCAGAGCUGCAGAUGCUGCAGUUGCGCAAGGACAAAUAUGUUGAGCGCCUGAAAGGAUUCAAUCUCACAGAAGAAGAUCUGAAUGCCAUACUCGAGAUGGGUUUCGCGAAUUGGCGGCAACAGUACGAGAAUGUCUUGAAUCUGCCACACAGGGACGAGUCCUACUGGUUCCUGAAGGAUGCAACGCGUCGUGAUGCCGAGGAGCUGCUCCGUGGCUCACCCUCUGGAACCUUCCUCAUUCGUGUGCGCAAUGCUGGCCACUAUGCGCUGUCGAUUGUGUGCAAGGGUAAUGUUCAGCAUUGCAUCAUCUAUGAGACGGAGAGUGGCUUUGGUUUUGCGGCACCCUACAACAUUUAUCCCACGCUGAAGAAGCUCGUGGAGCACUAUGCCACCAAUUCGCUGGAGGAGCACAACGAUACCCUGACCACGACACUGCGACUGCCUGUGUACUACUGGGAGCAGAACAGGGCCCAGAUACUCGAGGAGUUGGAGAUGGAACGAGAGCAGGAGGCAGCGGCAUCGUCCCAGGCAUCGCUGGGCAGCAGCAGUGCGCCCAUACCGACGCCCAGGGUACGUUCCGAUCUGGAUCAGGUGGAUGGUGGGGAAACGGAGACGCCACCCGCCUCCAUUUCGCCAUCAAAUUUCAGCACAUCGCAGUAGGCACUCCCCAUAAAAUCUCUCCCCCCUCCAUCACCCUCCAUCCCCCUUCCCCUUCACACACACAAAAGGCCCUUAAGGCCUCCUCACAGGCUUACUAUCGUAUCUAUUGUAUCUAUAUCUAUAUCUCUCUCUCUAACCUCUCGCGCUCCGCUCUAAAGCUAUAUAUAUAUAUCUCUCUAUCUCUAUGUGUAUAUACGAUAUAUAUAUAUAUUCGUAUAUGAAUAUUUUGUUGUCGUGUGAUGGAUGGAUGGCGUUGCAGUACAACUGCUUCGGGGACCAUCCGCAAACAAAAAAGAAACCCAGGCUCCAGGAAUAAUUACAAUGUUUUGGUGAUCAUAUUGAUGUUGUUUAAACUAUAGUAGAUAUAUAUAUAUGUAUAUAUACAAUAUAUAAAUAUAUGUAUGUAUGUGUAUAAUCGAAAGACUAUUCUUUGUUUAUGGUCUUUGUUAAUAAUCAAGCAAAAAGGCUUGCUAGAAGCCUUGCUAAAAACCCACAAAGGAACACACACAUUUUUUUAUUAAUAAAAUACAUAUAUAUACACACAUAUAGAUAUAUGUAUGUAUAUGUGUAUAUCCCUUUUUUGUAAUACUGCAUUUCGCGUGAUAAUUGAUAAGUCAAGCAUCUGUUGUAACAUCCCCCACCCCCAGCCCAAUAGCGACCCCUGCUACAUCUGCUAUACACCACACCCCUUUCCUGCUCCUUAAUUAUAUUGUUAUCACGCUGCGCGUUGUCGUCAUCAUCGAGUGGGAGGGUUAUAUAUUUAUAUAUAGUAUAUAUGUAUAUGUAGGGGAAGGGGACGACCCCCUCUAGCAGAUAUCUGAAGAAAUUCUACGAUAUUUCUUCAAAUCAUUUUCGUCGUGUGUUCAUGUAAAUAUAUAUAGUACUGCGAAAACAAAGGGGAACACACACACACACAAAGAAAUUUGUGAAUUCAGGUUAAGGUUUUGAUAACCAUAUAGCCCCCUGCCUCCCCCCCCCAGCCCCACACAGCCUGUGCCCGCUGGGCCAGGGCUCUAAUAUUUGUUGUUAUAUUAUGAUUGAUUUUGAUGUAGUUUUAAGUCAAAUGUACGUAUGUUUAAACGAUGUGAUCACUCGAUUGUUGCUAAAAUAGUAAUUUCCUUUAAACAAUAUGAAUAUAUACAUAUAUACAUUUUUUUUAAAUUAAGAACUCACACAGAAACAGAUUGGCAAAACAAAGAAAAGA